AUGACAAAAGAAACAAUACAAGAGAUUGCCGAGCAUAUUGGAACACUUACUGAUGUGGCUUUCGACCCUUUGCAACCUCUAAGUAAGGGUUACGUGAGAGCUAGGUUUUUGCUGGAUGUAAGUCGACCAUUUAGGAAUAACAGGAUACUUCAAACUCCAACGGGUGAAUCGGUGACUAUCAACAUUGAGUAUGAGAGGAUUAGGCGACGGUGCUACCAAUGUCAACGUAUCACACAUGACAAAGAGCGCUGUCCAUUUAACCCCUUAAACCGGCAAGUGAUUGCUACGGGUGGGGUUAAAUCUUCUACUGUCAUUCCAUCGCGACUCCUCCCUCAGAUCAGUAAAGAUGAUCCGUUGUUUGGAGUUGUAACCAAUGAUGAUGUAGGGAUCGACUUUGCUACUGGUAAACCAAAAAUUUCUAAAGAAGUUCUUGAUGAGAUGCGACAAUAUUUAUCAGUCGCAGAUCCGGAAGUGAAGAAGAUUCACAUUGCUAGGGUACGAAAAUCAGUGUGGGAUCUAGAAGGGGAUUUACAAGGACAAAAAACCUGUCUAAGGUUGGAAGCUCCUACAAAAUUCACAACGGAUGUCGACAAAGGAAAGGGAUUAGUGUUUGGCUUUGAAGGAAUAGGGACGAGUACAGACGGUGGAGGUGAACACGUUGUCUCGGUUGUAGCUCUAGGAAAGGCAAUGACGCGGCUUUCGCAACCGUUGCAAUCCAGGUCGGCUACUUAUGCAACGGCCUCGCAACAUGAGCUUGAUUCUACGGGUUUCAAGGCCAGUUUCUCGGCCGGUUCAUCCGGAAUCAAGCCCUCUAGAGGGAAACAGCGGAGACGACCUAGCCAAUGGAAGAGGAAAGCUCAAGCCCUAUAA